CCGACAAAUACUAAAUUUUAUCAACUUCCGGUAAACAACAACAACAACAAUUGAAAAUUAAAAGCAACAGUGAGAAUUCAUAAGAUAAGAAAUUAGCAAAAGAUUAUGUAAUAGAAUAUAACUAACAAUAUAAUUUUGCUGAUAAAAACAGCUUCACAGGGUGUGUCUCAGACAAGCAGUAUGGCUGCCACAGCCCAAACAAUUAGAAAAGUGGAAAAAAAUAAAGUGAGUUUUGUGUGUCAAAGAUGUAAACAGCCUCUCAAGAUAGACCCAUCAUUCGGGACCAUAGAUCAACAAAAUGAACUAGUUAAAGAACUUACAGCACCUCUCAUAGCUCAAGCAGGAAGAGAAGAAACUUUUGGUCAUGAGAAGGUUGAGAAGUAUGAAGAGGAUGGAAACAUCUCUAAAAGAACAGUUCAACCAAGGUACUCAUUAGAGGAAGACACCAAUGGUUUUACGUUGCUUGGUGAGACUGCACCAUCUAGUAUGGGAAACCUCGGACAUAAACCAAAGGUGAAGGCAGUUUUGUUUGAUAUUAUGACAGGGCAGUCAACAGUGGACCAUCCAUUAUGUGAGGAAUGUACAGAUACUUUACUUAACCAGUUAGAUGAUCAACUUAAAAUUACUGAGGAAGAAUGUAGAGAUUAUAGAAAUUUUCUAGACAAAUUGGAGAGUAAUGAGGAGAUAGAAGAUGAUGCGGCCUUAGAUGAUGAACUUCAGAAGUUGAAAGCGGAGGAAGAAGUUCUGAGACAGCAGUUAAAGCAGGUAGAACGAGAACAGAAGCAGAUUAUUAGUGACAUUCAGAAAGAAAAAGACACAACUAAAAAAUUUGAGGAUGAAGAAGAACGAUAUUGGAGGGAAUACAAUGAGUAUAAGAGACAAGUUCAGGAGCUGGAUGAUGAACAAAAAAGUGUUGAUAACCAAUUGAAAUAUGCACAGGCUCAGCUCGACAGAUUAAAGAAAACCAAUGUUUUUAAUGCAACUUUCCAUAUUUGGCACAGUGGCCAUUUUGGAACCAUUAAUAAUUUUCGACUUGGAAGAUUACCAAGUGUACCAGUUGAGUGGAAUGAGAUAAAUGCAGCAUGGGGUCAGACAGUACUUCUUCUUCAUUCACUUGCCAAAAAGAUGAACCUUACAUUCCAGAGAUACAGACUUGUGCCAUAUGGAAACCAUUCUUAUCUAGAGUCACUUACAGACAAAUCUAAGGAACUACCACUCUAUGCAUCAGGGGGAUUCAGAUUUUUCUGGGAUGCAAAAUUUGAUCAAGCAAUGGUAGCAUUUCUAGAUUGCCUACAACAGUUUAAAGAGGAGGUAGAGAAAGGAGAUUCUCAGUUUUGUCUUCCGUAUAAAAUGGAUAAAGGAAAGAUUGAGGACACCAGUACUGGAACAACUUACUCCAUAAAGAUUCAGUUUAACUCAGAAGAACAAUGGACAAAAGCCUUAAAAUUUAUGUUAACCAAUUUGAAAUGGGGACUGGCAUGGGUGUCUUCACAGUUUGCUAACAAAUGAUUAACUUUGUUAAAAAAAGAAGAAUGAAACACACAGUGCUAUAUGCCUUCAAAACAUGUUCUGCAGUGCAGGAUCACGUCCCAAUGGUCUGGUUGUAAUGAAAACUAUAUAAAAGAUAAUCAAAGACAAGUGAUUUUAAUGUAUGAUUGUAAAUUAUUAAUGAUUGCAAAUUGAUGAGGGCUUUAAUGCCUUGUGAUUUAAAGUGUCACUGCACGUUUUACAGCUGGCGCCACUUUUAUUGACAUAGAAAAAGACAAAACAUGUUUUAUGAAUUGAUUAUAUUCUCUAUAAAUAAUUUUAUCCGACACACAAUGUCAAAAGCACUUGUCACUGGUGUUUGACAGAUGAAAAAUUUACAUUGUAGAAUUAGCCAUGAAAAUGGUGAAUAUUUUGUAUCAUUCUUUUGUAUACAAACAUAAAUUAUCCAACAAGCCUUUUCAGGUUUGAAAAUGCAUUUUUCUUAAAAAUUAUUGUGCAAUAAAUUAAUGUAUUUAU